AUGGUAGCAGAGAUUAUCAACAUUGGGGGAGAGGAUCAGCCUGUAGGUGGCGAUCAGACGAGCCAGGGAACUGAAGUAGGGAUGUGGAAAUGCCAGGUUGACGCAUCUUGGAUCGAAGAUCAGGGCGAUACAGGACUCGGGUUUGUGCUCCUCGACGAUGAAAGAACCAUCCUGUUCGGGUUCAAGGGUAAUAUCAGCUCGGCUUCACCUCUCCAUGCGGAAGCGGAAGGCAUAAUCUGGGCGAUGCAGGAGAUACUUAAAAGCGGGGGAAGAGAGAUUCAAAUUCUGUCGGAUUCCUUAGCGCUGGAGCUAGACGAGAUUAAAGCUUUAUCCUCUGAUUUCUCAAGCUUCUCUAUAUCUGCUAUCCCAAGAUCACAAAAUGCACGUGCGGAUAGACUCGCCAAAGGUGGCCGACUACGCAAACUCAACCCCUCAGUUAGUGCCUUUGCGCCCAUAUGGCUAGCCCCUGAAGCUAGUCUAACGGCUGCAGAGUAG